CCCGGACCCAAGCUCCCGCCCAUCGCGGACCGCAACCUGUCCAUCUCGCGCGACCAUGUCGUCCUCAUCGGGGCGCGUCCGCAACGGGGCAGCAUAGGCUGCAUCACGGCUGACCGUGCGUUCAGGCAUAUCACGAUCAACGACCUCCCCGUCGGCCGCUCGGUCGAGGAGACGACCCGGCUCGUGAAGGCGUUCCGGUCCACCGACGAGCACGGUGAGGUUUGCCCCACGAAUUGUAGCGAGGGCGCGAAGACGAAGAAGGCGGACCCGACGGGCUCGCUCGAGUGCUUUGCGACCGCCGAGAACGGGAAUGGGAGCAAGAAACGCACC